GAAACAAACAUCCAUCCAGAAGGGACGGGAGAUCGAGAGAGGGAGGUGGAAAGGCAGGAGGCCUAGGAAGGGACAAUUAAAGCCUCCUGACAGAGGACGACAACAGCGAAACGCCGCUACCAGACAAAAGGACCGAGACCAUCAACUAAACCUUCCAAAUCCCGAAACAAAAAGGACAAUUUUUCUGUCUUCUCGCGAGAAACCCUUCAAUUUUUUUAACAGCAAUGGCUCAAGAGACAAACCAGAGCCCGGUCCCCAUGCUUUGUGCCACCGGGUGCGGUUUCUAUGGCAACCCAAGAACAAACGGCAUGUGCUCUGUAUGCUAUAAGGAACACCUGACGCGGCAGCAGAGCAGUGACCGCAUGAGCCCUCUCAGCCCAAUGGGCUCUGCUCCUAGUCCUACCUCAGAGGUCUCUGCUAUCCAGAGACUAGAAGCCAGUCUAGCCAAGGUUGAUGCGUCUCCUGCCUCUUCACCAGACAUGUCUAGAACUAUUCAAGGAUCCCUUCCUGUGACUCAGCAAAUGACGGAAAUGAGCAUUUCGAGAGAGGACAAACCCGAAUCCUUAGAGCCUGUUAUAAACCAGCCUGCUGCUUCUAGCCCUACUCCUUUAGCUUCUUCUAGUGUUGAGGAAAGUCAGGGCGACGCCCCCAAACCCAAAAAGAACAGAUGCUUCAUGUGCCGCAAAAGAGUUGGGCUUACAGGCUUUGACUGUCGCUGUGGUAACCUGUUCUGUGGCAUUCACCGAUACUCCGACAAGCACAACUGUCCCUACGAUUACAAGGCGGAGGCCGCCGCUAAGAUUCGCAAAGAGAACCCCAUGGUUGUAGCCGACAAAAUUCAGAGAAUAUAAUUUUGACAGCAGUGGAGCUGACAACAAUGAAACACCAUGACAAAGACUGGAGUGCGAUUCUUUGACAAAAGCACCGACACAAGUGGCUAAUUGAGGAUGGAAAGGACUUGAUUUACCAAAUCACAACCUCAGAAUAACGGAAAAAAGAAACAAUUUGAGAUCCUAAGCGAGGGAGAUGCAUGAACGAUUUUAUUUUUUAAUUAAUCCAUUAAAUUGUUUUAUCCUGUUUCUGUGGUGUGACUUUGCCGCUGUUAAGUCUUUUCUUUUUCAAAAAAUAUGUAUUGUCCUAUGUAGAGCAGACCAGGGUUACUCCAGGAUGUGCUGUGCUCCUCUCUCCCUUGCCAGGUGCCAUUUUGUGCCAAAACAGCCAUUUUAGCCGGACUUUCUAGCGUUUUGGAACACGGGCAGGAUUCAGCUACCCUGCCACCGUAGGUUCUGGAACCAGUCUGCAUUGCCCUCUCUGCACGAGACAAUUUUAUGUCAUCUUUGUUACCUUAACCUACCUCACAGCUGCUGCGUUUAGCUAUUUUGUCUUCCCUUUUUACGUUACACAACAGUAGAUCCUAACACCCCUGUCUGAUGAUCACACCGUCGGUUUGAGGUAUUUUGCCAGACGGGUACAAGGAAGUCAUUUUGCAUCAUUUUGCAGUGGAAACCAUAAUGCAGGGUUUAGCUGCCUGGUUUGAGUUCACAUUGUAACCUGACGCCUGGCAAAGGGCUGUGUGCACUUCUGUGCAUCCUGAGAGGAAGAGCAGCAUCAAUUCCUGGUAAGCCUUUCGGGUGAACUUAGACUAGGGUUAUAAAUGACAGAGGGGUAUAAAUGAAUGAAAUAAGUGCAUGAGUUACUCUUCAUUUUCACUAGUGUUUCAAAAGAAUCAUUUAAAAAAAAGUUUUCUGCAUUUUGUUUUUGGAGAAAUUAUUUGGAUUCUUUUUUUUGUGUCAAUUGUGCCGAUGUCUGCACAUGGACUUUAGUGCAUCUGUGGGAGUAAUUUGUUUUUUUUUUCUUCUUUUUCUUUCAUUGCGCUAACACAAUAUUCAUGUAAGCACAGUGUGUGUGUGUGUGUUGGUGUGAGUGUUUUGCCGCACCCCCGAUCCUCUAUAAGUUGUGGAGCUGCCCGGUUUAUCAGCACAUGUUUACAGAAGUAAAGGAGCAUGCCAGAGCUAGAUUUAAUGAAAAAUAAUAGAAAUCAAAAUUAGUUGUAACCUUCCAUCAGUUUAACUGCUAUCAGUCUGUUUAUCUGCUAUAGAACACUGUAGAGAAGCGUGUGUGUGAGUGUAAUUGUGGGCGAGCAUGUGCACACACCCGUGCAAAAGUGUGUUUUAUGGCUGCCUAACCACAUGUAUGUUUGUGUCAUGCAUUAUUUUUCCCCUGUGAGAAUGUUUUUCAUUUUAAAAGAUAACUGUAUGUAUACGUUUGAGUUGUUUUUUUUUUUUGACUAGUAAUAUGCAAAUUUGUACAAAAAAAGAAAAAAACAACAAACUGUGUUGCUAUUUAUGUAUUACAUAUAAUCAUGCUGCCCAGCAUUAAAACAGAGUAGUAUCAUGUAAAUAAAACUGUACAGAGAGACAUUAA